AUGCUUUAUCAAUGCACACUUGUGAAAAUGACUAGCCUCUCCAUUGAGUACGAUGCCAACAACAAAGACAAUGUGUUCUCAAGAGGAGACAGCAUCUCAGGGAGGGUGGUGCUGGAGGUGUCCAAAGAGACCAAACUAGAUGGGGUCAUUGUAAAAGCCAAGGGCAAAGCGUCGGUACUGUGGAAUGAAUACUACUCACCUGGACAUAACAUAGUGUACUCUUCAAAAGAAAAGUACUUCUCCAUUGCGCAACAUGUACUUGACGAUUCAACACGUGGUUCUAAGAUGAUAGCAGUGGGCAGACACACGUUCCCUUUUACUUUUGAAAUACCAAAUAUGGAGCUACCAUCUUCUUUCAAGGGAAAACAUGGAAAAAUCACUUAUUUCCUGGAAGCAAGAGCCAUCAGAUCUAAGCGAGUGGAUCAGAAAGCUUCAGAAGAAUUCUUUAUUGUUUCCAAUGAAGACAAGUCCACCCCCGAGACAAUGAAACCCCAAUACAUGCGCAGUGAUAAGAAGAACGUGAUUUUGAACGUCCACACCAAAAGGAUGGGAUACCAGCAAGGAGACAAUAUUGAAAUCCAAACUGAAAUUAUCAACAACACAAACAGCACAGUCACGCCCAAGUACUACCUGUAUGAGAAGCAAAGUUUCCACACAAAAUUAAAGAGGAAGGUUUACACUAAUGACAUUAUAAAGGAGCCGGGACAACCAGUGGGGGCCAGAACGGAGCUGACCGACACCAAAGUUCUGCACAUCCCAAACCUGCUCCCUCCAACUCUCCUCAGCAGCUCCAUCGUCAAACUGGAAUACAGAGUCAAGGUGGUUCUGGACACAUCACUGAUAGGAAACGCAGAGGUUAAACUGCCAAUCGUUGUGAUGAGAGAGUCUAAGAAGCUGCAAGAACAAAACCAGAGCACUGUGUGAGCUAGACUGUCGUGCACCAAAGCAUGUUUUGUUGUUUGUUCAAAUGAUUUAAAAGCUGUGUAAGUAAACAUUAUGGUCAUAAACCCAACUGCUAUCACCCUACAACUGCUGGUCAAUGAUUGUCUGAUAAUUCCAUGUAAAGCGAUACAUUAAGAGGAAAAAAUAUCUCUGCUGUUUGUGUCAUUGUAAGUUUAUAAGUCGUAUAGUACAUACAAAACUAUAUUGUGUGAUGAGUUAUGGCUCCCACUGCCUUCACGUUUAAGAUAAGAGUCCAAAGUCCGACACUACAAUGCAAACACUUCAGUCACACCAGCUUAAACACGUAUCCAUGCAUGUUUUUACUGCAUUAUGUUCUCUCCCAAAUGCAGUUCAGUUUAUACUCUAUUUGUAAAGCUUAAAAUCACAACAGCAGUCAUCUUGCAAGAAAAAUUUGUUGAUUUAACCAGCAGAAAGUUAGAAAAUCAAACAAAGAAACACUGUCUGUCAUUGGUCAACAGCAGAUGAAGCAACAUUAACUAACUCCAAAUGUUCUUCUGCGUCUUUGUUUCUCAUCUGCAUGUUAUUCUCUUACAACAUUUCUAUUCAGCUUCCAUCAUUGUCUUCAAUUUACUUAUGUGAAGAAGAUCA